GACCGGGCGCUCCUCGUGUGCGGCACCGGGCUGGGCGUGGCCAUCGCGGCCAACAAGGUCAAGGGGAUCCGCGCGGUGACGGCCCACGACAGCUUCAGCGUGGAGCGCAGCGUCAAGAGCAACAACGCGCAGGUGCUGUGCUUCGGCGAGCGCGUCGUCGGCAUCGAGCUGGCGAGGAAGCUGGCUAAGGAGUGGCUGGACCACGAGUUCGACCCGGCCAGCGCGAGCGCCAAGAAGGUGGAGGAGAUUUGCCAGCUGGAGGAGGAGGCUUGA